AAGGCGAGCUGUCAGCCGCUUGCAGGCAUAAGCAACCUCACCUCUUCCCAUUUAUGGGAGUCUGGACGGCAUCCUCAGCAUAAAUUUGUGAAUUUUGACCGUAACUUUUCCACAAUCCAUCGCCCCGAUCACUCCAAGGUCCCAUCUAGUACCGCGCCUCAAGCCGCCACAAUGCCUCCACCAUCCUCCUCCCUAGUGCCCAGAAUCAAAGUCCAGCUGAAACUCGCCAUAGCGCGCCUGCGCAUGGUCCAGAAGCGCGACGAGGCCCUCGCCAAGGCCCAGCGCCGAGCUAUGGCCCAGCUGCUCGAGCAGGGCAAGAUCGACUCGGCGCGCAUCCGCGUCGAGAACAUCAUCCGCUCCGACAUCGCCACGGAGCUGCACGAGAUUUUGGAAUUGUACUGCGAGCUGCUCCUCGCGCGGGCGGGCCUGCUCGAGGCGUCGCCCACGUGCGACCCGGGGCUGGAAGAGGCCGUCAAGAGCAUCGUGUACGCGGCGCCGAAGACUGAGAUCAAGGAGUUGCAGGCUGUGAGAGGGCUGCUGGCGGAGAAGUUUGGGAAGGAGUUUGUCCUGGUGGCAAUGGAGAACUCGGAUGGGAAAGUCAGUGAACGGGUGGUGAGGAAGUUGAGUGUCGAUCCGCCGAGGGAGGAGCUGGUGCAGGGGUAUCUGGAGGAGAUUGCCAAGGCGUAUGGGGUCGACUGGCCGCCGGGGCGGCUGCGGGCUGAGAGGGAGGCGGAGGAGCUGGGGGAGCCGCCUGGGUAUGUGGAAGAUGGGGAAGGGGGUGGUGGAGGGCAGACGGGGAAAGGCUUGGAGGGUGAGGAUAAGGUGACGGAGGUUACGGAGGAGCUCAGCAAGGCCACACCGCCGAGGACGUUUGGGCCCGCGAGCCCCCUGCAUGUGAACCCUCCGAGUGCGUCGACUGAGAAUCCACACCCAAAGGUGACGCUCAACCACGUCGAGUUGACGCCAACGAUGAAGCCGGCGGCUGCGGCGAGGAAGCCCGUGGAGAAGAAGGCGAGCAUCUCUGAUGGCGUCCCAGAUGUCGACGAGCUGGCCAAAAGGUUUGCUGCGUUGAAGAGGUAGAUUGUUUGCUUGGAGGUGUUGUUCAGUCUUGGGAAUAGCUCUUCUGGUGUUCUUGUCCUCGGUUUGGCAUGGGCGUUUCCAUUCGGCGGAGUCCGGCGUUAUCGGUUUCACUCAUUACUCCGUUCCAUUGAGUAUUGACAACAGAAUUCAGCCCCCCUGUUUCUUCAUGUUCCUUCUCUUGGCUUACUCCGAUACACAUCCGCUGCAUAUAUUUUGAGGAGGCUUCCGGGUCCAGUAUCGGGUACCCGUCCACCUUCACCGAGUCACCGGCUCACCAGGUCGUCGUCGCCCAGUGUGAGCUCCGUGAUGGUAGACGGCCCAACCGCAAAGAAUUGAAGCCCUAGUCUUCACGCAAUCCAGCUGUUCUUGUGCCUGUUCAUGCGACCAAGUCCCAUCAUCACCUUGGUGGUGCCUUCCUCGUCUACACCUGCCAACAUCCCUCCACAAAGAUUCCCAGUCAUCUUCAAGAUUUCACAAAUCGAUUGCGCCU